AGGUGGGGGAAGGGGAGCCUGAGAGAAAAAGGCAAGGCCUUCGCACUGGUGGCUGCUGUGUGGAGGAUGGACUGGAAGACCAAGGAGAGGCGGAGUGAGGAGGCUGCUGUCAAAUAUGCUUUGUAAAGUAUGAAGUCCUGUGGAAAGAAUUUCCAUAUUGAUUAGUCAACAGUGGAAAAUCUGAAGAGAUGCAAGAAGGAAGAAGAAAUUAAACCAGGCCUGAGGAGCGAUGCGAAAGGCAUGAUGGAGGUCGAGUCCUCCUACUCAGACUUCAUUUCCUGUGACCGGACGGGCCGCCGGAACGCGGUCCCUGACAUCCAAGGAGACUCGGAGGGUGUGAGCGUGAGGAAGCUGGCCGGAGACAUGGGCGAGCUGGCACUCACAGGGGCAGGACAGGCGGAGGCGAGCGCCCCAGACAAGGAGGCUAGCACCCAGCCCCAGAGCAGCGAUGGCACCACCUCAUCUUGAGUUCGACCUUGUCCAGAGAGGCUGAAGAGAGAUCUGCUGUCCCCUCCUGGGAGGGGAACCCUAACACUGGCCCGGCAGCCUCUUCUCUGAGUCCCAUGUCCCAGACAAGCCAGGCUAGACCAAGAGGCUCCCAGAGGCCUUUGUGGCCCCAACUCUGGGAAAGCCCUCUGCCCACACCCACAGGUUCCACGUCCCUCCCACCAUCUCACCGUGCCCAGGUACACUUUCAAGACACUGUAGCCACAAGAUGUUAUUUAUUCAGCUGGCACCGGGACUUGGACUGGGCCCUGCCUACCAGGGCGAGCAGCCCACGCAGGAAUGUUCCUCUCGCGGGCACCCUGGGCAGGGACCAUGUCCCAACACCAGCCCCUCCUCUCCACCCCCAGCCUUCUGGGUCAAGACCUUCUUAUCCCUUUUUUAAAACACACUUUUAAACUUUUUAAAAAAUUUAAGUUGUUUUUCAGCAGAGGGAGAGAGCUGACAAUUCACAUUUUUUAAAGCCAUUUUAAACCUACACUCUCACAUCUCUGCCGCUUCAAGGCCCCUCACGGAGCUUCACAGAUCCAUGUGUAGGAAAGGGAUUUUGUCUAAAACUAUCUGACCAAUUCUCUGCCCUUUCUACCAAGAUAAGUGACACCUAGGACCCAGAAAUAAAUGCUGAUUAUUUGUGUGA